CAGUGACGACAUGAACAACCUCCAGGGAACAUUUCGAAUAGCAAGAACCAAUCUUUCCUUCUUUGCCAGCAAUGGAGUCUUUUCCCAUUCGCUGUAUCUACCGGAAGCCUCCAUGAGCCGAGGAAUACAGCAACAGGGACUAACAUUCAACUAUUUCACUCUCGCCAGGCGCUCAUGCCAACAUCAACCAAGACUGGUUUCCCAACUUUCAUUCUCUACAUCAUCUCAGCGUCAAGCAGGAACCACAGGAUCUUACCAAGAACCUUUGGAUACAUCUACUUGGAAACCAAAGGUCAACAAGAGAUGGACACCCAUGACCGUGGUACUUAUUUGUGUACCACUCUUGACAUUCGGUUUAGGAACUUGGCAAGUUCAACGAUUGAAAUGGAAAAGGAGAUUAAUUGAAGAUUUAGAACAUAAGAUGAGAAUCGAUCCAAUCCCACUUCCUAAAUCGAUCAAUCCUGAUGUCGUACCUGAGUUCGAAUAUCGCAAAGUUCGGCUAGAAGGUAGAUUCGAUCAUUCGAAAGAGAUACUUAUUGAAUCACGAACGCGAGAUGCGGAACUCGGAUAUCAUUUGAUCACUCCAUUCAUUCGAACUGAGGGGGGUGAACCAAUAUUGGUCAAUCGCGGUUUCAUCAAAAGAGAGUUCAAAGAACAGUCAUCGCGGGAAGCUAGUGUGUCAGGGAAUACGAUAGAACUCAUAGGUAUGCUACGAAAGCAAGAGUCCAAGUCAUUAUUCCAACCAGAGAACAAGAAAGAAUCCAAUCAAUGGUACUUUGUUGACAUUCUGGAGAUCGCGAAUCAUUUGAACAGUGCACCAGUCCUUGUUGAUGCAAUCACAUAUGCCAAUAGUGGUGAACUGAAGCAAAUGCUGUCCAAGGGAAACCCAAUCGGGCGGUCCUCUCAAAUUCAACUAAGGAACAUGCAUGUCACCUACAUUGUCACCUGGUACGGAUUAUCUGCUAUCACCAGUAUCAUGGCUUUUAGACUUUUGAGGAAACGUUUAUCCGGGCGAUCAAGAUUCGCAGGAGUUCAAUAAGAACAUGAAUCUUUGUUCUGUUAGAUCUCUUAGACGAUCCAGCUGUAUUUUUGCAAAACGUUUUCCACCCUUAUUCUUUCCUGAAGGUCUUGGCAUAUUUUGUAACGCUGAAAACUGUUGAGUAACAACCUAAAGAUACAGUCUAUGCCUGAUAUGUAUCUCAAGUGGUUGUUGAAAUCAACCAGGUUGAAAUCU